GCGUUGAUGCUCGGGCAAGAGAGGUUUCCCUUCUCCAUAGCGCCAGAAUCUGCUGCGCUCGAGGUCUACAAGUGUCCACGCACGACGCAAGAACAUUUGGACUUGGUUGGCCGAGUAAGCCAUAAAGUCACUGUACGGCGCGAACUGGCCGACACGAUCACAGACAAGCUCAAGAGUAGGAACGCAGAGGCCAAAGCUGCAAAAGAGGGCCGAUCGGUGCAACAGCUCGAAGUAGAUCCGCUGAGCAGAAACAAGCAGAAUGCAAGGCUACCACGAUCAAUCACACCGGUCGGUGUAGCCAAAGGACGGCAGUCUCCCUUCUUGCAGGCGCGCAAGUCACCUUUACUGGUGGCAAGCUCACCGAAGCCCAACGCUGUACCGCUAAAGACAAAACUCAUUCAAAUACUGGCAAUCGGGGCUAGCAGCGCUGAUGAGCUAUGUGGCAAGCUGCGCACAACAUUCGAAGUACUGCAGCCGCUGUUGACAGAGGUUGCUCGCCAAGUAGACAGCGAAUGGGUCUUGAGGGACAGCUUUUAUGCACAAGUCAAGGUAUGGGAUUGGCGGCAUUGCACAACAGCCGAGCGCACGCAAGUUGUCAGUAGGGCAACACAGGCCUUUGACUCUCUCAAGCUGCCAGCCUCCGCUACAGCACGGCUCAAGCUUGUCCACCCAGAGAAGCGCAACGCCAUGAGUGAUCUCGAAAUGAGUGACACUUCGCCGCUCGCACUGAAUCCGCCCAUCAAUGCCGCUUCAGUCACGUCGGGAACGAUCUUGUCUGGCACGGAGCAUGACAAGAAGAAGCCAACUACUGCGAAUGGCAUACUGAGUGCCGGAAAACUGGCCAAGAAGCGAAAGCUAGAUGUGGCCUCAGCAUCCUCGAGAAUAACUCCUGAGGUGACAGUGAGCGACAUAGAUCUGCCUUCAGAUCGGCGAACGAAACGCUCGGAGGAUGCAUCAAGCAAGGUGGAGGUGAGCAGCAAGACAGCUCAAUCUUCCAAAGCGAGUAAUGUGGCAAAUACCGACAAGACGCGCGAAAAAGGAUCAGCACUACGGAAUCGGUCGACGAGCAGAUCGAGGUUGCAGACUUUCGAACGAAAGGCUCCCUCAGUAACGAGCUCGUCGGGUGAUUCCUUGGAAGACGCUCUUGCCGCGUCAAAUCGCACGAGCUCCAUAACCUCGACAUCGACUGACCGCUCUGUCUUGUCGAUCAGCACAGCAAAGACAUCCGUCAGCGGGCGCUCACCGGCGGAGAAGAAGAAGCCGGACAAAGCGCUUUCCACGUCUGUGGCCAGUGUCCCGAAGAAGGCCAGUAUCUUUGACUCGAAGCGAACAGACGCCAACAAGGCACGGCAAACAAGUGGUGCUUCAUCCUCAGCGCCCUUUGCUACAGCCACGACAACCACGGUGUCGAAGCGGAAAGCAAGCGAAUUGCAGGAUGACAAGGCAGAUGAAUCCGUCAAACGAGCAAAAAUGGCAACCGACUUGUUUGAGCUUGCUCGGCAGUACAAGUCGCAAUAUCCGGAGUACCAAGCGUUGCACGCGCAAGUGUAUGUCCAGAAAGUCGCAGAUGAGGCACUCAAAGCCAAGUUUGUCAAGAUGCACAAUGAUAUGAAGACCUGGAAGCAAUUGCUCUGGGCCCAAAGCGAUGGUCAGCGCAACGCAAUGGCCAACCAUUGAUGAUUUAUUUUUCGCUAUUUUAUCGCAUUUGCAAUGAGAAGACAUGGAGAUGUCUUGUACUGCACCUUUAUCUAUAUGUGGCCGAUUUCGUAGCAUGGAUAAUGGGCACAUAGCAUCAACUGGUCAGGGGAUUGUUAGCAUUUCACCGACCGCCUUGUCGCACUGUAUGACACACAGCCUGACACGGGUCAACUCCAGACGACAUAGCCUUUCGGAUUCAAUGACCUCCCU